ACACAGAAACUACACAGUAGAACUGAACAGACCGUCACUUUGAGAAUGGAGAUGACAAUGUGUUUCCCUCUGUUGCUGCUGAUCUGCUCUCUCUGCACGGCUCAGCUUCAAACAGAGUCUGACAACCAAAUUAUUCCACUUGGGGAUCAAACUGAAGCUGAGAGAAGAGAACCAACAAAUGCUGCUGACCAACAACAGAGAUUUACAGAAGACAUCCAUGCUGUGCUGAGAGAGAUGAGCGCCUCGUUGGCUGAACAGAGGGUGGAGAUAAGCCACUUACAGAGAGAGAAUGAAGCUCAAGCAGCGAAACUGAAAGCACUGGAGUUACAGAAGACUGAGCUGGAGAAGCAGAAGACUGAGCUGGACAAACUAAAGCAAGAGCUUCAAGCACAAACAGCAGAGCUGAUCUCCAUUAAAGCCAGAACUAAUGUCACAGAAAACCAGGUGGAGGCUCUAAAGAGAGAUGGAGAAGUCAAACAGGUGGCUUUCUCAGCUUCACUGUUGGCUUCAGGUGGUGGAGAUAUGGGACCAUUUAACACACACACUCCUCUGGUCUUUAGACACGUUGUGACAAACAUUGGAAACGCCUACAACCCAAACACAGGUUUUUUCAUUGCACCAGUGAGAGGAGCCUACCACUUUGAGUUCCACAUAUAUGGACAUGGACAUGCUUCACAUGGUUCUGGUGCUGUGUUGGUCAAGAAUGGAGAACAUACUUUUAUUGCAUAUGAACAUCAGCCGUCUUAUAGUGUGAAACCUUCUAAUGGUGUCACACUGCUUCUAGAGGUUGGAGAUGUUGUGUUCAUGCGUCUGUGGGUUAACACACGGAUAUAUGACAAUCAAAAUCAUCAUACCACCUUCAGUGGUCAUCUGCUUUUCACCAUGUGAGCAGGAAACACUCCUUUUCUUCAGCUACAUGAAAACCUGCUCACACUGUAGUGUGCAUCACUACUUCUUGAUAGAUGUGUCAUUUCUUUCUCUUUGAUAUGCCAGUUGAUUGACAACAACAACAAUCUUGUAGAUCAGAAAAGGUUUAUGAAUUUUUCAUUUAUUUCUGAUUUACAUGAAAACAAACAGUGAUGACAGCUAGAGAGCUUGUGACAUUAUUUCAAACACUAGAUUAGAGAAGUGAACUCAUUUGUGAGAAACUUUUGGAAAUGUUUGCUUUUUCGUAAUAUAUAAAUAUGCUGACAUACAACAUUACUCUCUAUUUUGUUAUGAUUAUGAAGGCUGGAUGACAAAGGUUUGCAUCAACAUUCAUCAUUUGAACAUAUUAAACCUUUUUAUUGUGUUCUUUUCAAUUUGAAAAAAAAACCAAACCAUAAAGAUAUCUGUCUGUGUCUUUUCUUCAACAUGAUGUGACUGUAAACUAAUUUUAAUUUUUGAGUCUCCACCUUGGAGUAAAUAAAAUGUGUUUGCAGCUCCUAAAAUGACACAGUAAGAUUUCCUGUGUUAGUGACAUACACAACACUGAGCCACAUAUUAAAACAAACUCUCUGAAUUUUGGUAAACUGAUCAUUGAAGUACUGGGAGCUACAUUCAAACAUACAGCUACUAAUAAAUCAUUUAUGUUUGA